CAUUUCGGUUUGAAUUUACCGAUAAUUUCGCAUAGCGUCAUUCAGGAACUCAAUAAUUGGGAAUGCACUCCAAAUAACUCCAAAUAGUGGCCCGUUCAAAGGCGAAACAACAAAAUAUUCACAGUGCGAAAGGAUGCCCUUCCAGUAGUGAUUAGAUUAGACAGCAAACAAAGCAGCUACAUCCCAGCACGUCAGACUACGAAAUAAUCAACAAAAAAAGAUACUCAAUUCCCACAAUGAAUGUCCUGGGCAGUCCCACGGCCAUUAAGGCCAAGAUACUGGAAAUGACCGGCGAGCACGUGGACCAGCUGCACGUGAUGUGGUCACACAUCUUCGAGCCGAAGACCUGCCACGAAUUCCUCCUCCGGUUGAAGGAUCACGCUGACAGUUUUUACACAGACUUGCUGAACGAGUCGCGGGAGAAACAACAGGGUAUCCUCGACGAGAUUUCCGGCCUGCGGGCCGAAGCCAGCAACCUGACUCGUCUGCUCCACGAGUCUGUGGACAUUGGCGAUCGACCGGACGACAUGCCACUAGUAUUGUGGCAACUGAAGCUGGACAAGAGCAUCGAGCAUCUGCGCGAAGAGCUAGCCAGGCGGCGGGCCGAGAUCUGUGAGCUACUGCUGCAGCAGGAGCAGCUGUGCGAAGAGCUGGGCGAACUGCCUCUGCCUCUGCUGGACGAUCCGCUUCCCACACCCGAGGAAAUGGACUGUUUUCGGGGGCGCCUCGAUCAGCUACGCGAGCAGCGAGUGCGCCGCGUGGAGGAGAUGAACCAGCUGCGCCAGAGCAUCAAGCACGACAUGAAGUUGCUGGAAUGCCUGCCGCAGACGGAUUCAGAGGAGCGCCUGCUCAACCAGGUGAAUCACAUGCUUACGCCCGAAACCUUCGAGCGAUUGCGUCGCAUGCAGAAGGAGUUCGCCGACCAGGUCAAGGAGCUGCGCGAACGGAUCGACGACAUGCGGGAGAAGAUCCAUGUGCUGUGGGAGCGGCUCCAGGAGAGCGACGAAUACGCCAAGCGCCGGGUGCGUGAGUCAACGGCCUACAAUCAGCGCACCUACGACGUGCUGCGGGAGGAACUGCAGCGCUGCCAGGCUCUGCGGCGCCAGAACCUAAAGACAUUCAUCGAGCAGCUACGCAUCGAAAUCAAGGAAAUGUGGGACUUGACCCUGAAGAGCCAGCAGGAACGGAUGCGUUUCUCAAACUUUUACAACGACUGGUAUAACGAGGACCUGCUGGAGCUGCACGAGCUGGAGCUGGACGAUCUGAAGAGCUUCUACAACAAAAACAAGGGCAUAUUCGAACUGUACGAGAGCCGCGCGGAGCUGUGGGCGCGCAUGGAAGCACUGGAGGCGAAGGCCAGCGAGCCGAACCGUUUCAACAAUCGUGGCGGCCAGCUGCUGAAGGAGGAGAAGGAGCGCAAGGCUAUCACAUCCAAGCUGCCCAAAAUCGAGCAGCAGAUCACCGAGCUGGUGCAGGCAUUCGAGGCGCAGGAGAACACCCCGUUCCUGGUGCACGGCGAGAAUAUUCUGGAGCGCAUGGCGGAGGACUGGGAGCGUCACCGUCAAUCCAAGCAACAGAGCUCGGCGCGAAAGAAGACUCCGGCCCCGUCGUCGGCCAGCAAGUUUAUGCCUCCCCCAGCUCCAGGAUCUGUGGCUCCUCGCACGCCACGCACACUCCGCAAUAUGUCCACGCUGUCCAGCUCCACCAUGUCCCUGAGGAAGACGCCCUCGCAGCAGUAUCUGCGUCCACACAACAUCACCAAGAGCACCGGCAAUCUCCACAAGCGGCUGCAUCCCCCAGCCGCCGCCCAGCCAGGGUCCAAGACUCCGUCCGCCAAGCGCAGCCUGAUGAGCUCACUGAACUCCAUCAAAGCCUCGCCGGCACUGCGCAGCCCUGCCCAGCGCCUGCUGGCCGCCAACCAGAACCAGAGCCAGCUAAAGUCCACCAAGUCACCGCUGAAGCGGGUACGCGUCCUGGACAACACGCUGCGCCGCAGCGGCGGAUUGGGCACCAGCCGACGCAGUAUUGGAACACGAUCCAGCAAAAAGAUGCGCACUAGGGAGUCACCGCAGCGUGCUGGAACCGAGGAGACGGACUAUACCACGGACGAGAAUAAUGAGAAUGGGGACACGUAUGAGGAGUUCCAGCCGCCGAGUCGUUCCUCGAUGCUGCCACGAAUGCGCCACCAGUUGGCCCUGCCCCGCAAGCGUCAGAUGGCGGCGACCAUGAAGCAGCAGCACCAGCAGCUAACCGAGGAACCGGAACAGCCGGAGCCGAGAUUUAAUUUGCCGUCGCCGAGGGAGAGCAUGAUGCUCGUGCCGCGUAGAGAUUUUUAGAUUAUUUGGAGAUUAAUUGAAAUUAACACGUACCUACUCUCGUUCGUAUUUGGUUUUUCUUUUUUUUAAUGUAUUUUCAUUAUAUUUUCUGUUUUUCGUUUUACGUUGCACCAAUAAACAUGAUUUCUGUUUGCUGAA